GAGUACGUGUUUUCGUUCCCUUUACUACACGUAUUAUUUUGUACUGUCAACUCAACUCCAGCAUAAAACAAAAUAACAGAGUGCUCAAAAAUUAAAAAAUCCCAUAACAUACAGCAGAAUAGUUGAUAUUUGAGACACCCUUUUGGUUCUUCUUCAUCUUGGGUUUUUGAAGGUUCUCUCGAGGGGUUGUGAGCUGGUUAAGAUACUUGCUAUUGACAAUCUUACCUCCUUUUUAAUAUAGGCAGAAUGGACCACAAUGCUCUUGGAGCUUCACAAGCUGCAGCAGCUAAGAAAUACCAUAGCACAAAGAAUGAAGGCACUGAAUCCUAUCAAAAACUGCAACAUGAUUCAGAGACUUCUGACGUGAAUCAAGGUCAAGGUGGUAGGAAUGUCGCAGGUGAUGUGGCUCCAGCACAUGAGAAAUCUCGUGGCGAAGUAAACAUGGAGGCGGAUAUCACUAUGGAUGACGUAAUAAGAGCCGGAGGUCUAGGAGCGAGAGACGACUUAAAUAGUGUUCUUCCUAUGGCAGCUGAUACCACCGACUUUGAAGCUUCUAUUUGUGAUGCUUGGGACUACGAAGGGAAGCGUGAAAGCAUUAAUCGACCAGGCCUUGGCUGGACAGAACCUACAAAGAAAUAAAUCUAUCCAUGCUACAACAGAGAGGUGGACCUCCAAGGUGUUUUCCAGUUUUACUGGCACUCUUAGGCUCUUAGUUCUGCUUCUGUCGAUUGAAUGUGUCCCUAUGUGUCUUAUGGUUGUUCAAGAUAUAAGUCUUAUCCCUGUGUAUGAAACUAAUUAUAAGCUAGAUGGAUCUUUUUAGCGACGUGCUUACUUGCCAAUUUAUUGUUUCUCCUUUGUGCACUUUCC